UCUUUUGCUUCAUUGUAAUCCAUUCUAGCGUCUGUUUUUCAUCAAGAUCGUUUUCACCACACCACCCCACCCCAACUCCUUUCAUUCUUCAUCUGAUGAAGCGUGACCUUUGUAUUGUUUUAUAUGACCAUUUUCUUUGAAAUUGCUGAGGCAUUGGGGUAACAGCUACUAAUAUACGACAAUGAUGAAGAUGCACUAACAGAUAACGGUGAACAAAUGGACAGUCUAACAAAGCACCUGCGACUCCCAAAUCUGGACCUCUGCAAGUUGGUGGAAAAGCAAGCUGUUCAGGAUCAGAGAUUGACUUAGUUUUUGUUCUGGACGCUUCCACCAGUGUGACUGAGCCGAACUUUGAAUUAAUGAAAGACUUUGUAAAAGAUUUCCUGUAUGAAGCUGACAUUGAUGGCGGUAGUGUGAGAGUGGGUGUGAUUAUCUACAGUACAGCAGAUCAUGUUGAGUUCCAGCUUAACUCAUUCAGAACAAAAGCUGAUGUUUACAAUGCCAUUGAUGAUAUUCCCUACCGCUAUGGCAGCACCAACACUGCAGAUGCCCUCCAAACAAUGAGAGCUGAAAUGUUUACAAGAGCCAAUGGAGACCGUCCCAAUGUAGACAACAUUGCCAUUGUGGUAACAGACGGUGUGUCAAACAUCAAUGCUAGAAGAACCAUUCCUGAAGCAGAACAAGCUCGUGCCGAAAAUAUCCACAUCUAUGCCAUUGGUAUUGGCCUGACAGACACACGGGAGUUGGAUGGAAUUGCCAGCAAGCCGAUAGAUGAGAACAGAUUUGCCGUACAGGAGUUCUCAGAGUUGAGAGACCUCAGACACAAAGUGUUUGCAGCGCUGUGCUCCACACCAGCUCCCACAAGACCUCCCCCACCUCCUAAAAGAAUCAGUUGUGCCGGAGCAAAGAUUGACCUUGUUUUUGUCUUGGAUGCUUCCACUAGUGUGACUGAGUCCAACUUUGACUUGAUGAAAGAUUUUGUAAAAGAUUUCCUGUAUGAAGCUGACAUUGAUGGUGGUAAUGUGAGGGUGGGUGUGAUCAUCUACAGUACAGAAGAUCACGUUCAGUUCCAAAUGAACACCUACAGAACAAAAGCUGAUGUAUACAAUGCCAUUGAUGAUAUUCCCUACCGCUAUGGCAGCACCAACACUGCAGAUGCCCUUCAAACAAUGAGAGUUGAAAUGUUUACUAGAGCCAAUGGAGACCGUCCUAAUGUAGACAACAUUGCCAUUGUGGUAACAGACGGUGUGUCAAACAUCAAUGCUAGAAGAACCAUUCCUGAAGCAGAACAAGCUCGUGCAGACAACAUCCACAUCUAUGCCAUUGGUAUUGGCCUGACAGACACACGGGAGUUGGAUGGAAUUGCCAGCAAGCCACUUGAUGAGAACAGAUUUGCCGUACAGGAGUUCUCUGAGUUGAGAGAUCUGAGACACAAUGUGUUUGCUGCCCUCUGUUCGGCUUCCACGCCCGCCCCAGUACCGACCAAAGUCAGUUGUGCUGGCGCCAAGAUUGACUUAGUGUUUGUCCUGGAUGCUUCCACCAGUGUGACUGAGCCCAACUUUGAAUUAAUGAAAGACUUUGUAAAAGAUUUCCUAUUUGAAGCUGAUAUUGAUGGCGGUAAUGUGAGAGUGGGUGUGAUCAUCUACAGUACAGAAGAUCAUGUUGAGUUCCAAAUGAACACGUACAGGACAAAGGCCGAUGUUUACAAUGCAGUAGAUAAUAUCCCAUACCGCUAUGGCAGCACCAACACUGCAGAUGCCCUUCAAACCAUGAGAUCUGUAAUGUUUACAAGAGCCAAUGGAGACCGUCCCAAUGUAGACAACAUUGCCAUUGUGGUAACAGACGGUGUGUCAAACAUUAAUGCUAGAAGAACCAUUCCUGAAGCAGAACAAGCUCGUGCAGACAACAUCCACAUCUAUGCCAUUGGUAUUGGCCUGACAGACACAAGGGAGUUGGAUGGAAUUGCUAGCAGACCUCUUGAUGAGAACAGAUUUGCUGUACAGGAUUUCUCAGAGCUCAGAGAUCUGAGACACAAUGUUUUUGCUGCCCUCUGUGGAGUUACGACACCAGCACCAACUACUCGUCCACCACCACCACCCACUAAAGUCAGUUGUGCUGGAGCCAAGAUUGACUUGGUGUUUGUCCUGGAUGCUUCCACCAGUGUGACUGAGCCCAAUUUUGAACUGAUGAAAGAUUUUGUAAAAGAUUUCCUGUAUGAAGCUGACAUUGAUGGCGGUAAUGUGAGAGUGGGUGUGAUCAUCUACAGUACAGAAGAUCAUGUUGAGUUCCAAAUGAACACCUACAAUACUAAGGCUGAUGUUUACAAUGCCAUUGAUGAUAUCCCAUACCGCUAUGGCAGCACCAACACUGCAGAUGCCCUCAAAACCAUGAGAGCUGAAAUGUUUACAAGAGCCAAUGGAGACCGUCCCAAUGUAGACAACAUUGCCAUUGUGGUAACAGACGGUGUGUCAAACAUCAAUGCUAGAAGAACCAUUCCUGAAGCAGAACAAGCUCGUGCAGACAACAUCCACAUCUAUGCCAUUGGUAUUGGUCUGACAGACACACGCGAGUUGGAUGGAAUUGCUAGCAGACCACUUGAUGAGAACAGAUUUGCCGUACAGGAGUUUUCUGAGUUGAGGGAUCUGAGACACAAUGUGUUUGCUGCUCUCUGUGCAGUUUCCACACCAGCACCUACCAAAGUCAGUUGUGCUGGAUCCAAGAUUGACUUAGUGUUUGUUCUGGACGCUUCCACCAGUGUGACUGAGCCCAACUUUGAAUUAAUGAAAGACUUUGUAAAAGAUUUCCUGUAUGAAGCUGACAUUGAUGGCGGUAGUGUGAGAGUAGGUGUGAUCAUAUACAGUACAGAAGAUCAUGUUGAGUUCCAGAUGAAUUCGUUCAGAACAAAGGCAGAUGUUUACAAUGCAGUAGAUAAUAUCCCAUACCGCUAUGGCAGCACCAACACUGCAGAUGCCCUUCAAACCAUGAGAUCUGUAAUGUUUACAAGAGCCAAUGGAGACCGUCCCAAUGUAGACAACAUUGCCAUUGUGGUAACAGACGGUGUGUCAAACAUUAAUGCUAGAAGAACCAUUCCUGAAGCAGAACAAGCUCGUGCAGACAACAUCCACAUCUAUGCCAUUGGUAUUGGCCUGACAGACACACGAGAGUUGGAUGGAAUUGCUAGCAGACCAGUCGAUGAGAACAGAUUUGCUGUACAGGAUUUCUCAGAGCUCAGAGAUCUGAGACACAAUGUUUUUGCUGCCCUCUGUGGAGUUACGACACCAGCACCAACUACUCGUCCACCACCACCACCGUUGUGCCGGAGCCAAGAUUGACUUGGUGUUUGUCCUGGACGCUUCCACCAGUGUGACUGAGCCCAACUUUGAACUGAUGAAAGAUUUUGUAAAGGAUUUCCUGUAUGAAGCUGACAUUGAUGGCGGUAAUGCUAGAGUGGGUGUGAUCAUCUACAGUACAGCAGAUCAUGUUGAGUUUCAAAUGAACACCUACAAUACUAAAGCUGAUGUUUACAAUGCCAUUGAUGAUAUCCCAUACCGAUAUGGCAGCACCAACACUGCAGAUGCCCUUCAAACCAUGAGAUCUGUAAUGUUUACAAGAGCCAAUGGAGACCGUCCCAAUGUAGACAACAUUGCCAUUGUGGUAACGGACGGUGUGUCAAACAUCAAUGCUAGAAGAACCAUUCCUGAAGCAGAACAAGCUCGUGCAGACAACAUCCACAUCUAUGCCAUUGGUAUUGGUCUGACAGACACACGGGAGUUGGAUGGAAUUGCCAGCAGACCACUUGAUGAAAACAGAUUUGCCGUACAGGAGUUUUCUGAGUUGAGAGAUCUGAGACACAAUGUAUUUGCUGCCCUCUGUGGAGUUUCCACACCAGCCCCGACAAAAGUCAGUUGUGCUGGGGCAAAGAUUGAUUUGGUUUUUGUCCUGGAUGCUUCCACCAGUGUGACUGAGCCCAAUUUUGAAUUAAUGAAAGACUUUGUGAAAGAUUUCCUGUAUGAAGCUGACAUUGAUGGCGGUAGUGUGAGGGUGGGUGUGAUUAUCUAUAGUACAGAAGAUCAUGUUGAGUUCCAAAUGAACACCUACAGAACAAAGGCUGAUGUAUUUAAUGCAGUAGAUAAUAUCCCAUACCGCUAUGGCAGCACCAACACUGCAGACGCCCUUCAAACCAUGAGGGCCGAAAUGUUUACAAGAGCCAAUGGAGACCGUCCCAAUGUAGACAACAUUGCCAUUGUGGUAACAGACGGUGUGUCAAACAUCAAUGCUAGAAGAACCAUUCCUGAAGCAGAACAAGCUCGUGCAGACAACAUUCACAUCUAUGCCAUUGGUAUUGGCCUGACAGACACACGGGAGUUGGAUGGAAUUGCUAGCAAGCCACUUGAUGAGAACAGAUUUGCAGUACAAGAGUUUUCUGAACUGCGAGAUCUGAGACACAAUGUGUUUGCUGCACUCUGUGGAGCUUCUACACCAGCACCCACAAAAGCCAGUUGUGCUGGAGCCAAGAUUGACUUGGUGUUUGUCCUGGACUCUUCCACCAGUGUGACUGAGCCCAACUUUGAACUGAUGAAAGACUUCAUAAAAGAUUUCCUGUAUGAAGCUGACAUCGAUGGUGGCAAUGUUAGAGUGGGUGUGAUCAUUUACAGUACAGCAGAUCAUGUUGAGUUCCAAAUGAACACCUACAAUACUAAGGCUGAUGUUUACAAUGCCAUUGAUGAUAUCCCAUACCGAUAUGGCAGCACCAACACUGCAGAUGCCCUCAAAACCAUGAGAGCUGAAAUGUUUACAAGAGCCAAUGGAGACCGUCCCAACGUAGACAACAUUGCCAUUGUGGUAACAGACGGUGUGUCAAACAUCAAUGCUAGAAGAACCAUUCCUGAAGCAGAACAAGCUCGUGCAGACAACAUCCACAUCUAUGCCAUUGGUAUUGGCCUGACAGACACACGGGAGUUGGAUGGAAUUGCUAGCAGACCACUUGAUGAGAACAGAUUUGCCGUACAGGAGUUUUCUGAGCUGAGAGAUCUGAGACACAAUGUGUUUGCUGCCCUCUGUGGAGGGCCCCCACCACCUCUUGUCGAAGAAACUACACUGCCCCCACCUAAGUCAGAUUGUGCUCUGGGCAGGGCUGAUCUUAUCGUGGUCAUUGACAGUUCCACCAGCGUCACUGAGCAGAAUUUCAGGAAGGUACGAUUGUUUGUGAAGGAUUUCCUGAGCAAGGCUGAUAUCGACUCUGGAAAUGUGAGAGUAGGUGUCUUACUAUACAGCACUGAGGUCUUCCAGAUCUUCCAGCUGAAUCAGUACAAGACAAAGAGAGAUGUCCUCAGGGCUGUGGACAGAAUUCCUUUCCGAUUUGGAAGCACCAACACCGCCGGAGCCCUGCGUGCCAUGAGGACAGAGAUGUUCACCCCAGUGAAUGGAGACCGGGCUACCAUCCCCAACAUUGUUGUCGUCCUUACUGAUGGUGUGUCUACUAUUGACGCUCGCAACACAGUCCCCGAGGCCCUGAUGGCUCAGGAUGAAGGCAUUCAUAUCUACACCAUUGGCGUUGGCUUGACCGACACGAGGGAGCUGGACGGCAUUGCAUCCCCACCAGCCAGGGACAACAGCUUCAAGGUCGCAAAUUUUGAUGAGCUGCAGACUGUGGAUGACCUCAUCUACGCAUCAGCCUGUCCUAAGGAAUUCACGAUGCCUACCCCCAAAAGUCCUACCACCACUGCAGCGAAGGAAACUUCUGCGAUUCCUGUGGGAACAACGUCUGAAGGAACUACACCACCUGCCCCUGAAGAAAUUGUCGUUACUACAGAGGCCAAGAAGACAGUGCCCGAAGGAACUACACCACCUGCGCCUGCAAAAGUUGUCGUUACUACAGAGGCCGAGAAGCCAGUGCCCGAAGAUACCACCAGACCUGCUCCUGUGAAAACAACAACGUUGCCAGCGGAACCAACACGUGAAGAGACAACGACCCCUAUCCCUACCCCUGCUCCUACAACACCACCCCGACCACCACAAACAACAACAACAACAACAACCACGACGACAACAACCCGGCCAACAACAGCAACGACGACAACGACGACCCCAAAACCAGCAACAACACCAAGACCUACAAGACCAUCGACGAGAAGAACUACAACAAGAGCCACAACAACCACCACCACCACGACCACUCGCAGGCCGACAACCACACGCAGAACUACAACCACGACCCGUAGAACCACGACACCAAGGAGAAUUCCUCAGUUCAAAGAGACUGGCACUGAUAUCAUUUUCAUGCUGGACUCAUCUGUCAAUGACGAGACAUUCGACUGGAUGAAGACUUUUGUGACAGACUUCACUGAACAAAUUGACAUUGACACAGGAGACUGGCGUGUUGGUAGCAUGACUUUUGAUUCCAGAUCUCGCCCAAGUUUCCAACUCAACAGAUACAACUUCAAGGAUGAGAUCAUUGCUGGCAUUGGCAAAAUGGGGAACUCCCCCAGCACCCGUAGGCCCGAUGUCGGUGGUGCCUUCGAUUACGUGAGACGUUCCAUGUUCACUUCACGACAGGGAGACAGGCCUCGGGCUAGGAACUAUGUCGUUCUUCUUACAGGAAAUGAGAAAUAUUUGAACUCUGAACGUAGUUAUGGCGCUGCAAACAGACUGAAGGAUCUUGGCACUGAUGUGUACACUAUCGGCCUAAACUUUAGAGAUACCACUGACAUAGAUGAGAUCAGCUCCAAACCUACUGACGCAUUCAGAACCAUCAUCAACAGCCCAGAGGAGAUGGGAGAAGUUCCAGGAAUAUAUCUGUACAGAAUGAAUAGAGCACCACCACCAACUACCCGACCCACAACAACCACAACAACCACCACGACUACAAGACGUCCUGUCGUCCCCUACACUGGUGACUGCAAGUCAAAGGCUGACGUCAUCUUCCUGCUGGAUACAUCGGGUAGCGUGGGAGAGUACAACUAUGCCUUGAUGAGAAACUUCACAUUCAACACAGUGAAAGACUUGGAAAUUGAUAGUGGUCUAUUUAGGGUUGGAGUCAUGACUUUCAGUGACACUGCACGCAUUGAGUUCCAGCUGAACACGCACGACACCAAGCAAGACAUUUUCAAUGCAUUGCAGCGUAUGCCUUACGUGUAUGGCUACACACACACCGCCGAGGCUUUGAGACGAAUUCGUACUGAGAUGUUCGUAUCUCGCAAUGGAGACAGACCAGAUGUGCCCAACCUGCUGGUCAUUGUGACUGACGGCCACUCGAACGUGAACCACGAGGAAACAAUUCCCGAGGCCCGCCUCAUCAAGAACAUGGGCACCACCAUCAUCACCGUGGCUAUCGGCCUGGAAGACAACACCGAGCUGAGGGGCAUGGCCUCCCAGCCCAUCCAGGACAACAUGAUCGAGGUCAUGGACUUCGAGGGGCUGGGACAGCUGUCUCACACCAUUGUCACUCCUCUUUGUUCCGAUGCUGAUAUGUGUGAAAGAAAUCCAUGCCAGAAUGAGGGAGUGUGUGUGGAUGGACUCCGCUCCUACAUCUGUGUCUGCACCAGAGGAUUCUAUGGCGAUAACUGUGAAAACUCAUGUGGAGAGGCUGCUGACGUUGUCCUCAUCCUCGACUCCUCCACCUCUGUGGGCUCCCAGAACUUCGCUGCCAUUAAGAGCUACGCUCAGAGGCUGGUUACGGACAUGGAAGUCUUGAACUGCGGCAUCAACAUUGGUGUGAUGAAGUACAGCUCCGCUGCCAUGAUUCAGUUCAGCUUGGGCUAUUACGACACUGAGGACGAAAUCAUCCGAGCCAUUGGAGACAUCAGCUACACACCUGGCAGGUCUAACAUGGCUGAGGCGCUUCGCUCCGCCAGGGUUCAGAUGUUCAAUGGAAGAAAUGGAGAUAGGUACGACGCUCGCAACAUUGCUUACCUGUUGACUGACGGCUCUGUUGAAAUCAAUCGUGACAUCACUCUAUCCGAGGCUGAGCUGGUCAUUGACUCUGGAGUCCGCCUCAUUCCCCUGGCUGUGGGUCUGAGAGACAGGAGUGAGAUCGAGCUUAUUGCUGAGACACAGGGAAUGCCCCUGAUGGAGAUUGAGAGCGAAGCAAGCUUCAAGGCCAUGAGCGACCAAGUUUUGGAGGCUGUGCACGACACCACUUCAGCUGAUGACCACUGCUCACCGAACCCAUGUUCAAAUGGAGGUGUCUGUAUCCCAGAGGCUCUUGGAUUCUCCUGUCAGUGCGCUGAAGGCUUCUCUGGAGAGACAUGUGGCAGAGUUUGCAACAGCCAGGCCGAUGUUGUGUUUGUCGUGGAUUCGUCCCGCUACAACAGUGGACCAGAAUUCCGUACCAUGAAGAGAUUCUUGCGAGAUGUCGUCAAACGUAUGGCAUUCAGGGGAGGCAACUUCCGUGUUGGUAUUGUGGAGUACGGUUCCUCUCCAAGGAUGAAGUUGUCACUGCUGGAGGGAGACAACAAGAGGACUGUUAAAUCCGUCAUUGGAAGUAUGAGGCGCGUGCGCGGUGACCCUGACCUUGGCAGAGCUGCAAGUGUGGUGGAGUACAGUCUGUUCGGUGCCGCCGGUGACCGAAAGAACGUCCCCAACUACGCGGUUCUGCUCACGCGCAGCAUGGGCACGAGGAACAGUGUAGCGGCCAUCAACAAACUGAAGGCCAAGGGAACCAAGGUUAUUGGAGUCGGUAUUGGACUGAGUGGCACCGACCGUACUUACAUGGAAGCUGCAGUCUCUUCUCCCAUUGACGAGACCAUGUUCAUGGCUAAUCAAGUCGAGGAUCUCAUGUCUUUGUCUAGAGACUUUGUCAACUUUGUGUGCGAAGAGAAGAAUAUGUGUGCUGUCAACCCCUGUCAGAACGGCGGUACUUGUGAGAACGGAGAAAAGACGUACGUGUGCAGAUGUCCUACAGGAUUCGCUGGCAAAGACUGCGGCCGACCUUGUGAUGACAGAGCUGAUGUCGUGUUCCUUAUUGACUCUAGCGGUAGUGUAGGCUUUGACAGCUUCCGCCGCAUCAAGGAGUACAUUCAUCACGUCGUCGACAGCUUCAACAUUGGGCCUGAGGCUACUCAAGUGGGCGUGGCUACCUUCAGCCAGAGCAGCAGAGCUCACAUCUACCUGGACUCCUACAGUGACAAGAGAAAGCUGCAGGCUGGUAUCUCCGGCAUCAACUACGUCUACGGCAACACAAACACAGCCUCUGGCAUCAAACUGGCCCGAUCCAGCCUGUUUUCUGACGCUAGAGGAAAUCGCCGCAACGUUCCAGACUUUUUGUUCAUCAUCACUGACGGCCUGUCCAACGUGAACCACGAGUCCACCAUUCCCGAGGCUGAGCUCGCCCGCGCUCAAGGUAUCCAUAUCUUUGCUGUCGGUGUCGGUAUCGGCGACCCAUGGGAACUCAACGGUAUCGCCAGCGAGCCAACAGCCAGCAACGUCUUCCAGGUGGACAGCUGGGACGGACUGUGGGAAAUCUCUAACCAGCUGAUCGACAGGACCUGCAGAGAUAGUGGAGUGUGUGAUGGAGAUCCUUGCUUGAACGGCGGAACGUGCGUUGCUGGACCUGGAACCUUCACAUGCGAGUGCAGAGUUGGAUUCUUGGGAGACCGUUGUGAGCUUGACUGCGGCUCCAGCAAAGACAUCGCCUUUAUCCUGGAUGCCUCGGCCAGUGUGGGUCCUACCAACUUUGGCCUGAUGCUCAAGUACGUGUCCACCGUGGUGAAGGAUCUGACAGUUGGAGGACAGGAUCACCGCUUCGCUCUCAUCACGUACAGCACCAACGUUCAGACCAUCUUCAGUUUCAACCGUUACACUUUACCUGAGGACACGAUAGAAGCUAUUGAGACCACUAUCUAUCAAGCUGGUUCAACGAACACAGCUGAUGGUUUGAGACAGGCCAUUCAGAUGUAUCAACCAGGUUUUGGAGAGAGGCCGAAUGCUAAGGAUGUGGUCAUUCUCAUGACUGAUGGACAGAGCAACAUCAACUACUGGGACACCAUUCCUGCUGCCACUGACCUUAAGGCAAUUGGUGCAAAGGUCAUCGGUAUUGGCAUUGGUCUGGAGAACUAUGACGAAAUUAAUGGCAUUGCAUCGAGCGUCAAGGAUGUGUUCCCUGUCACAUCUUUCAACAACCUGGCCGAGGUUGAGCAUGACAUUCUGGAGGGAUCAUGCAGUGUGACAGAGUAAGCCCAGACCCUUCUCUGGGUCGCAGAUUCCCAAAGAAUCCUAUACAAGCAUCCACCCCAUUUAUUACCUACCCCGCUAUUAGGACCUCCUGCGAGUACAAAAAACAGAGAGUGAAUUGAGAGCUUCUGAGAAGUGUGUGUGCGUGCCUGAUCAUGCUUGUUUGGAUAAUGUUCACUCAUUGUAUCAUUUCUUUCAUUAAUAUGCUCAUCUAUCAUUUAAUUGGUCAUGUUACGACUUACUGUUUCAAAGAAUCAUAAUAGUUUUGUACUAAUCUUUCCUUGUGGAUAUCAUUGGUGAACAUUUCAGCAUUUACUCUGUUUUUACAGUAGCAAUGUUGAUUUUUUCGCCCCAAAGGAUAAAAUUUGUUAAGUAAAUGUCAGUCUUCUUUGUGACAGUUUCUAAACAGAAAUAGAGAAGUGUUUAGUUGGCAUUGUAUGAAAUGAAUUUUGGAUUAAAUUGUUCUUUGAAAAAAG